AUGCACUACUUUCGUCGUUGCUCUAAAGUCUUUCCGAAGGUGGCUAACUCGCCGAUUUCCUAAUCGAAGGGUUGUUUCCUUUGAGAUGAUCAUCAUCUUCUACCUCUUUCUUCUCGGCAUGGCCUCUGCGCAGUCGCCCUCCGAUCGACCGCCAGGCAAUACAACUAAAACGACUUUCCCAUUGAUCUACGCUUUCAGAUCUCUCUGCGGAAAUGUUCUGCAAAGCGAACAAAGGGAAGUUCACUCCCAACCCCAAAGAUGUAAAUAAUUUUGCGUUGUGAGUAAUGCAUCAAAUUUUCUGUAGACCGAUAAAUGCAUUGGAGCUUCCUACUGGGUGCAAUCUUCGACUGACGUUAGUUCAGGUUGACUUUUCCUGUAAUUAACGUUUUUACUACAGAAGGAAGCCAAGCAAAUCUGCAAUUAUCUAGUCCCUUUUAACGUGACAGGCGUGAUCCAGGGCUUCCCGACCAAAUGUGACUUCGGUUCGAAUUUUAUUUUCUUGAUAUAUAGCUGAUUCACGGCUGGCUUGAGCCAUCGAGAAAAGGGUCCUGCCACGAAAAGAGACGAGACAAUGCCCUGGUUGGUGGAGAUUGCAGACAGGCCACUCCUUUUUGCGUCCCAAGCUAGCCGUGAAUCGUCUAUAGCUAAUCCGCAACUUUAUUGAGCCAUUAAGAAAAGAGUUCUGACACAAUAGGAGAAGAGAUAAUAUUGAACAAAAAUCGAUACGAUCUUCAAAAUCGCACAUCCAGAGUUGCCCCAUUUCGUAAAUCUUGCUUUCAGCGGUGUACAGCACCUGUCCUCCCUCGUGGUACCAAGCUAUCGGAUCGUGCUUCCGAAACGUUCCAGGACGGUACAAGUUGAAUGAAGCUCGAGAGAAGUGCUCAAAAAUUGACCCACGCGCUAGUAUAGUCCUCAUCGGCAGUACUCGUCUUCAUACGAUUCUCAUCAGUACCAUCGAAGAUAAUAUUGAUGAAUUGAAUCGGAAUAACUUUAGAAAUUUUCCACGACAUCGACCGCGCCUGGGUCGACGUCGUCGCUCCCUACGGAGCCAUUGUAUCUCGUCGCCAUUAUCGGGACACCAAAUUCCAGUGGAAAGGUUUUCCAGGCUUAGUUGAAAAAUGAAAAAUUUCUGCGUCUACGCUAACGUCGCUCAAUCGAAAAUUCACAGAUCCUCAACUAACAAUCGGUUCGGCUAUGGCGGAUGAGCAAAAGGAAGGGUCUAUCGUCUUGAGAGACGGAGAGAAGAGUCUAGCCUCGGUGAUUUGCUCUAGAAGCCUGAUCGCAUCGCCUGGAUGUUUUUUGCGCGGAUCUCAUCCUUGAUUACCUUCUUUUUGUUUUCAGACAACAGGCAUUGGAACGAGAUUCUUGAUUAUUUCAAGUUUUCACCCCCGACAACGUCUGUUUAUCAUAUUUUCGCCUUCAAAAAAGGUCCUUCACUUUCAGAAAUCUGUUUACUGCGCCAACGUCUUUCGCGAGCUACAAUCACUAUCAGUAAGCCUUUGACGAGCUCAGAAGAAAUUCAUUGAAUAAAUUAAAGUGUUGAAGCGGACGUGCGUCCGUAUACUAAAACUGACUUUAUGAGCGAGAAAUGCCAGGUUGAGACACAUUUUCCGCGUUUAGUCGACCAUUUUGCAGAAAGUCGCUUCAGCCUUCAUGCUGACGGGGGCCGCAGCCGCGUCAGCCUAUGCAAGUACUGCGAUCACAGAACGAAACGUAAAUUAGGAGAAAACCCCUAUUUCCCAGUUGUUAUUUUUUCCAGCCGUACGCUUCAUACGUUUUGACGCCACUGAGUUUUUCUCAUGAGGAUAAAUGUCAACAACAGGCAGUACCCUUGUUUGUUUUGAAAAGCUUUUGAAAGUUGGAAACUGUGGGUCUGCAGGACGACUGAUAGCGGGUGCCAAUCUCUCAAUGGGAUCAACUUGAAUUCUUGCUUCAUCGCGAGAUAUAGAAACGAGACGGUGAGUGUUAUUAUUUUUUUUUUUUUCUGAGAUAAUACUAUUGAAUCAGUUUCACGGUAUCAAUGGAGCAACAUUCACGGCGUAUAGCGGGUGCGUCGACCAGACGGCUGUGGCUGCAACUCCCAGAAAGUCCGUUUUUUUAUUCAUUUAUAAUAAUAAUACUAAUAGUAUAUUUAUUGCACACGAUGUUACAACAAUGAGUAGACUUUGACCAAAUAUCCCAGAUUCCUUUGAAGUAACUCGGAGGCCAGAGUUGUUCGGCACUCAAGGAAGAUAGAAGGCAUACAGCAACAAAAAAAAAUUUGGAAUAAAUGAGAUUAACAUACAGGAUUUAUUGGAAUUCAAAAAAAAAGAAAGGUUUCAAGAAAAUAUAGCUCUUCUCGUUGUGUGAAAAAUAUUUUUAAAAUAAUGUAAAGAAUGUUUUUGAAAAAGAGUUCUCCUAAACAGGUUCUCUACUGUUUCUCGUCACGUCCGAGCGCCGAUCUCAUGCGUUGGUGGUGAGUUGCGAAAAAUUUUACUUUUAAUUUCUAAUCAAUAAUUACUCGAAACAACCCCUAUAGCCUAUAGGGGACGAAAAAGUGAUACAUAUAGGGGUAAAAUUAGGGUGGUCCCUUUGGUCCAAUUAGGUGGCCCACAAAAAAAAAUUAGGGUGGUCCAAAAGUUUCCAGUCGAAAGGGUAUUUUCAAAUUUGAUAUCUUUCUGUUUCUUAUGUGACUGAACAAUUUUUCACGUCGAACCUAAUUUCAUAAAUUCGAAACGUGAAAAAUGAAUCAAAGAAUAUGGCUGCGUGUGCGAAUCGCCAAGUCAAGUUGACGUCAUGUGAGGGAGUAGCGUUUUGCCUCGAAGUAAGAGUCUGACCCCACAGCCCCCAAAGCUCGAGUGGACCCUAUAAGAAUCUUUCAAUUUCAUUCAAAAAAUGCCUAUUCAUUCAAUUUUUCCAAUGCACAAAACGUUACUGCAAAAUUUUAAGAUUUGAUUAGAAAAAAAAAAUGAAUUUUCAGUGCCUCCGAUGGAAACACAUGGGAAAGGUUGUCCAAAUGGAUUCACGCUUUUUAAGCGAUCCCACCAGUAUACUUGCCAAACUUUUGUGAGAGAACCAUACUAAUUAUCAAACAUAACGAAAACUGCAGGUAAACACUCCAAAACCAUGGUCACGCGCUCGCGAACACUGUGCCGAAACGUAUCUGGGAACCCUCUCCGCUUUCGCAUCUGAAGCCGAAAAGGACGUUCUAUACCGUAAUAUUUUCUCUCAAAAUUUUCCAACUUCUUUUGAGGUUAGAGAUAUGGCCAAAGACUUGAUCGGUAAUGGACAAGCGUGGUUGGGUGCACAGCGCAACGGCGAUUGCCAAUCGAACACGUAUUCUUCCGACUCUCGGAAUGUUUGCUACAGACCUUACGUAAGAAACGAGCAAAGUUUGGUUCGAUUGAAACAUUUCUUGAAGUUGUACAUCUGGACCGAUAAUGCAGCCCCCGACCAGACUAUCAUUGACAAGUACUGGUCUAGAAUCAAUCCCGACUGGGCGGGUCAGAGAGAAAACUGCCUCACUCUGACUUUUGGUAAUUCCUAUUGGCUCGAUGGCGACGACAACACUUUGAACGACUAUGAGUGA